CUCGGCGGCUGUGAACACUGGGUUGCAAAUAAAACGUGGCAACGCCGUCGAGUUCUUUAAGCAGUUGAUUACGAGCGCUAGCCUCUAAGGAUUGUUCAUCUUCAUAACACAACGCUUUAGGUUACAGGUGCUCCCUACGGGAAGUCAGCGGAAAUGAACGGAAACGGCACAGUGUCCAUUGGGGAACCUGCACGGCCUAAGCGGAAGUAUGCCCGGAAGGCACCAAUUAAAAAGCAGCUUCAGGAGCAAGCUGCUGCUGCGGCUGCACAGGCCGCAGUCGCACACGAGGAUGGAGUUGCUUCGCAGGCGGCCGAGCCCGGCACGCAAUCGUCCAACCCGCUGGACGUAGUACUAACGCGGGCCGACGCGGCUGUAAUGUUCAAGGGGCUAGCCGACUUUAUUGCCAGCAACGCUCUUGGAAUCGGUCGUGGCGCCGAGGUUGUUAGUAAGCUGCUCCUGCAUCCGGAGCAAGCCUCAGCGCGGGGCUUGCCCAGUAACGGGGCAAAGCAGAUUGCUGCGUAUACUGAGACACAGAAGACAACAAAAAAGAAAGCUGACAAGAAGGAGAAGCAGCCCCGGGCUCCCACCGUCUACAACAUUUACCAAUAUUUCUGCAUGAAAGUGCUGCCCACUCUUGACCACCUGCCUAUCGUUCGGAAGCAUCGCGCGGAGGGGACCCGCUUUGACUUCAGGUUUUCCGGGAAGUUCUGGCAGCAAAUUAGCAAGGAGGACAAGGACCUGCUGACCCAGCGGCUGCAGCCCCUGCUGGAGGAUGCGGCUCGCGAGGGGCAGGGGGGCAUCGACGCCAUCAUGGAGCGGGUGCGCGAGAUGGAGCAGCGCAGCCCGCAGGACUCCCUGGUCAGCUUGCUGAAGCUGGACCGGGAGGUGCCGGGUGAGGCGGUCCUGGGCGGCGCUCCGGCCGGCGCUGCUGCUGCUCCUGCUGCUGCUGCGGGUGCGCUGGAGGGCCCCGCCGCUGCUGCUGCUGGGGGGGCGGAUGCCAUGGACGUGGACGGGGAGGAGGAGGAGGGCAGCGGUAGCGAGGGUGGCAGCGACAGCGAUGGCAGUGAGGAGGAGGAGGAUGACACGGAGGAGGAGGGGGUGAAGCCUUCGAGCGCUGGUGAGGAGGAGGAGGAGCAGGUUGAGGAGGAGGAGGAGGAGGAGGAGGCGAACGGCAACACCACCACCGGCAGCGGCGAGCCGUCUGGAUCCGAGUCUGAAUCCGAAUCAGGAUCUGGGUCCGAGUCCGGAUCUGAAUCCGAGUACGACUCUGCGGAUGAGGGCGACGAGGCCGCCGAUGUGGCCGCUGCCGCUCCUGCUGUUGUGGAGCCGCAGCAGCCGGCAGCUGGGAGCGAGGAGGAGGAGAGUGAGAGCGGCAGCGAGGACGGUGACGGCUCGCCCUCUGGCUCCCCCUCUGGCUCGCCCUCCUCUAGUGAGCAGCGGGAGACGAGUCCGGAGGGCUCCACAGGCCAGGAGGAGGAGGCGGAGGGGAGCAGCGAGGAGGAGGCGGAGGGGAAGACCACCGGCACUGGCACCGGCAGCGGCACUGCUAGCGGCAGCGGCUCAGAAGAGGAGGAGGGCAGCGGUAGCGGUAGCGAUUCAGAGGGUGAGGACGGUAGCGAGGAGGGCUCGGAGAGCGGUUCCGAAGAGGAGGAGGAGGCAUGUGCGGUGGCAGUGGUGACGCCCGCUGCGGG